AUGCGCCGGGGCCGCAGCUUUGGAAAGAUGGCGGAAGAAGAGCAAAGAAAAAAGAUCCCUUUGGUUCCAGAAAAUCUCCUGAAAAAGAGGAAGGCUUAUCAGGCGCUCAAAGCCACCGAGGCAAAGCGGGCACUUUUGGAAAAGAAAGAGCACAGGAAAGGAAAAGAAAUCAGGUUUAAGCGACUGGAAUGGUUCCUACAUGAUGCGUGGCGGCAGCAGCGUGACAAGGUGCGCCUCAGACGACUAGACGUGAAACCUCAUGGUUUGGAAGUGCCCGAUGAACAUUCCUUGGCCUUUGUUGUACGCAUCCAGAGGAUCAGAGGGGUGAGCGUAAUGGUACAGAAAGCCAUUGCAAGGCUUCGCCUGAAGAAGAUUUUCAGUGGUGUCUUUGUCAAAGUGACCCCCCAGACCAUAAAAACGCUGCGCACAGUGGAGCCUUAUGUGACCUGGGGAUUUCCAAAUCUGAAGUCUGUCCGGGAGCUCAUCUUGAAACGUGGGCAAGCCAAGGUCAAGAAUAAAAUCAUCCCUUUGACAGACAACACAGUGAUUGAGGAGCAUCUGGGGAAGUUUGGUGUCAUUUGCUUGGAAGACCUCAUUCAUGAAAUUGCCUUCCCGGGGAAGAAUUUCCAGGCGAUCUCAGGGUUCCUGUGCCCUUUCCACCUCUCGGUGGCCCGCCACGCUCCCAAGAACAGAGUGGGCUUCCUCAAGGAGGUGGGCACCCCUGGAUAUCGAGGUGAACGCAUCAACCAGCUCAUCCGGCAGCUGAACUAG